AAUACCCUUACUUGCUCCUUUUUCUCCUCCUCCCCAUCCCCCCACCCCGGUCCAGCGGAGCGGGCACUGGACACAAUGAACUUUGAAGUGAUCAAAGGCCAGGCCGUCCGCAUCAUGUGGUCCCAGCGAGACCCAGGACUCCGCAGGUCGGGUGUGGGCAACAUCUUCAUCAAGAACCUGGAGGACUCCAUUGACAACAAGGCCUUAUAUGACACCUUCUCCACCUUUGGGAACAUCCUCUCUUGCAAGGUGGUGUGUGAUGAUCACGGUUCCCGAGGCUUCGGCUUUGUCCACUUUGAGACCCAUGAGGCUGCACAGCAGGCCAUUGCCACCAUGAACGGGAUGCUGCUGAAUGACCGCAAAGUCUUCGUCGGCCACUUCAAGUCCCGACGAGAGCGGGAAGCAGAGCUGGGAGCUCGGGCCAUGGAGUUUACCAACAUUUAUGUGAAGAACCUCCAUGUGGACGUGGAUGAGCAGGGCCUGCAGGACCUCUUCUCCCAGUUUGGGAAGAUGCUGAGUGUGAAGGUGAUGAGGGACGACAGUGGCCACUCCCGAGGCUUCGGCUUUGUCAACUUUGAGAAGCAUGAGGAAGCCCAGAAGGCUGUGCUGGACAUGAAUGGGAAGGAGGUGAGCGGGCGGCUGCUGUACGUGGGCCGGGCCCAGAAGCGUGUGGAACGGCAGAAUGAGCUGAAGCGCAGGUUCGAGCAGAUGAAGCAGGACCGGCUGACCCGUUACCAGGGUGUGAACCUGUACGUUAAGAACCUAGAUGACUGCAUUGAUGAUGAGAAGCUGAGAAAAGAGUUCUCACCCUAUGGAGUGAUUACCAGUGCUAAGGUGAUGACAGAGGGUGGCCACAGCAAGGGGUUUGGCUUUGUGUGUUUUUCCUCUCCAGAAGAGGCGACCAAGGCCGUGACCGAGAUGAACGGGCGCAUCGUGGGCACCAAGCCACUGUACGUGGCACUGGCCCAGCGCAAAGAGGAGCGGAAGGCCAUCCUGACCAACCAGUACAUGCAGCGUCUGUCCACGGUGCGGGCGCUGGGCGGCCCCCUCUUGGGCUCCUUCCAGCAGCCCGCCGGCUACUUCCUGCCCGCCGUGCCCCAGCCUCCAGCCCAGGCUGCAUACUAUGCCUCCGGCCCCCCCAUGCAGCCCGCCCCCAGGUGGACGGCCCAGCCUCCGAGACCCUCCUCCACCUAUCCUCCAGCUGCCUCAGUGGUCCGGCCACCAGCCAUGUUGCGGCGCCCCCCGGCCCAGGUCAGCAGUGUCAGGCAGGCCUCUACCCAGGUGCCGCCCCCGCUGCCCCACACCCAAAGAGUGGCCAACAUCGGCACCCAGACCACAGGAGCCGGUGGGGUGGGAUAUUCUACACCAAGCGGGCCUCUCCUGACGCACAAAUAUCCCUCAGCACCACACAACCCUGGGAUGCAGGAGCCCGCUGUGCGCAUCCCGGGACAGGAGCCCCUGACGGCGUCCAUGCUGGCCGCGGCACCGCUGCCCGAGCAAAAGCAGAUGAUCGGUGAGUGGCCGCAGCCGGAAGCGGGGGCUGAGAGGGGGCCAGCCUGGUGGGGCGAGACCUUGGGUGGAGGUCAGACGUGUGGACGAGGUCCAGCAUUGCUGCGGACCGACCUGCUGGGUGACCUUGCUGGGGUCGCCUCUGCUCUCUCGGCCUCCCUCCCUCCCUUAAAACACUGGUCAGAGCAGACGGUCCCGAGAGUUCUUCAGCUCUGCUGUUCCAGGCCCCCGACGGGCUGGAGAGAGCCCAGCUGUGGGCAGACUGGGGGCCAGGAGCCAGGGUGUGGUCUUGGGUUUCUGCCGGUGGGCGUCGCAGCUCCUCACCUCUCCUGAAGGGGAAGAGGCUGUCCCCACAUGUCAUCCAGCUCCCAGUGGCCACUGCAGGGAGGCGGGAGAUAAGUGGGCAUGGGGCAUGGGGCAAACACACGUUCCCUGCUGGGCUGUGAGUUCCUUGUGCAGUUCGUCCCCAGUGCAGUGUCUAUGGCAGGCCCUGCCAAAGGAUGCCACUCACUGUCGAAUGAAUGACAGGCUUGCUACUGGGUGGCAGGUUCUUCCGUCCGUGGCCACCAAGAUGUCCAGAGCCGCUCUGAGGGCCCCCUUUGCCACCACCCUGUUGUUUCCUCAGCUCACUUGGGGUCUUGCCACUUCCAACUGCUCAAAGGAAAUUCUACAUGGGCUUCAUGGAGGCAGGAGGCUGUUAGCCGUUCCCUGUAAACCUCUUCACUUUACUCGUGGGAAAACCUCUCCCACCCCAGCACCCCAGCACCCCAGCCUGGCCAGACCCUCCCCACAUGGCCGAGAGGGGCUGGCUACCAGUGCUAGGCCCUGUCACUAGAAGUGCCUGAUGGUGGAAGGUGAAUUUAUCUUGUAUAUGUGGCUCCCCCCGCCCCCUCAAAAGUCCAGUUGGGCAUUAGCAUAUCUUGUCUAGAAUUCCAGUGUGUAUUUGGGAACUAUUUCUUUUAAGAUGAGCAAGAGUAGUCUUUAAACCCCAAGUCGGUGUCCGACCCUGUGUAGGUAACUUCACCUAGAGUAUCAAAUUUGAUUCUUCAAAUUAGCCUCCGAAGCAGGGUUUGCUCUGCGCACUUUAUGGUUGGGAAAGAGGCUCCCAGUGGAGCUCAGGGACACAGCCUGGAAGGAGCAGUUCUGGGACGAGCCCCCAGAUGCCUCACUGCUCCAUUCCACGGUACCCACCACCCUGCCCCCCGCCCCUGGGCUGCUGGGUUAUCAGCCAGGUGUUCUAUACAGGUGAGCGUCUGUACCCCCUCAUCUACGAUACCCACACCCAGCUGGCGGGCAAGAUCACGGGCAUGCUGCUGGAGAUCGACA